UGAACAUUUAAACUAGAUAAGCACGAUUUAACAAAAAAUAAGUGGAAUGGAAAAAAGUAGUUGAACGAUAUGUCGCUUGACUGGCGGUUGAAGUCUUUUGUGCUGAUGGAAUUCGCUCGAGGCCAUCGCGAAUGUUUUUGUUUUUUGUUUCGCUUCGUAGAAAAGUAUCUUGGUUCUUCGUUUACCAUUUAAAACAUGUUCUCUUUUAACCUUUCGAUUUUGUUUGGCAUAAAUUGUGAAAGUAAAAACUGUUUUAUUUUGUUCCAUCACAUGGGGGCGAUGGGCCGACAUCGAAGCAAAUGACACGUUCGAUGAUUUUGUUUUAAAAUUUAGCUUGUACCGACAUAGAGCGCCCUCGGGGAAGCAUUAAUAGAAAGUUUAUAAAUAAAGGUAAAGUCUUUCCGAUUUCAAAAAGAGAUCUGUAUGAACGUUAGAACAAUGUUCAUAGCGCGGAUUGCCGUUGUUUGGGUUUGUCUUGUUUCCAUCACAUGCUCUCGUCCUGCUUCUCUGCUAAGGAGCGUUAGUAGACGUAAAGGCUCACUCCACUCGGUGCCGGUCAAGAUGAAAAGGCAAACGGACGAUCUCCAUCGAAGGUUAAUGGGAACGGAACCGUCUCACUACGGGGACCAAUUUUCCCCGGAAGAUCAGAGCGACGAGUCGAUGAUGCAUUUGCGCAAAAAAGCAUCGAUCGCAGAGGUUUUCCGUCACAGGCUGAUGGCAUGUGGAUUGAUAACAACCAAAUCCCCCGAACGCUGGAGGGAUCGUUUGAUUGCCGAGUUGGAUGAAAUUAUUACGGAAAUAGAGCAUCGGUGUGCCCUGUGCAAAACGUUGUACGAUGAACCCUGCCGGUAUGAAGUGCUCCGCAGCCUGAUCGAUCCUUGUCCAGCAUGUAUUCGACGGAAGCAGAGCACCAAGCAACGGCUCUUACUUACGCUUCAAAAGGUGCUGGAAAAAUCAUUGAACAGUGAACACGUGCAAAGUGAUAGUAGUAGUGUGGGGGCUGAGGAAGAGAACGAGGGUCAUGGCACAAACAUUUGGUCCAUUACAGAAAAACCGAUGAGUAGAAAAACGAGAAGCACAACGGAGCUAUCUAUGCAGUUAACAACACGCCACGCAGGGAACCCUCAGGAUGAUGAUGCGUUGCACACUGCUGUACAGAAUUACAAGCUUAAAGCUCCUUGGCGAUCGCAGCAGCUCACAACCGAACCCACCAAAACCACAUCGAGCGUAAAUCAAACUAACGUUCCGUACCAUGACAGAGAGCCUUCCGCAGUGCACGUCAUCGACGGACAGCCUGUGGAUAAUGUGCACGAUUUCUUGCAACAGUACAUGAACCUCGUGUACGGUGGGCAGCCGGGCAACGAGCAACGGAAGCAGUUUUUUCUUGACCAAUUAUGCCGAAAUGCAACCAACGGCAGGAUCGUGCUGCAGUGCAAAGAUAUCGCCGGGCAGCGAAAAACGCGUUCCUCAGAAAACGGCACAGCAGAAAAAGUAUCGGCUUGGAAUGCUGGUGAAGAUUCCAACGCCUCAAGUGACAUUCAAAAGUCGCUACUUUUUACUACCCCAUCCAUAAAUGAUUUAAGAGCUAAAGCUGUACGUUGCAAGUCGUGUUGGACACUCGGUAGAAAAAGGCCACAGUGGGAAGGAUUCAAUUGAGUUGUAUUACUAAAAAAAAGAUAACUAAAUAAAUAAAAACCUUCUUGGAAGUAGCAGACGGUUCCAAAGGAUUGCCAAAA